AUGGAAACUACAAAGGCUGAUGAUGUCAAAAAAUCUUCAAAAAGAAAGGCAGCCCCAACUAAAGAAAUUGAUUGGGUGGAACCAUCUUUUAUUGAUUUUUGUGAGACUGCCGAACUAUCAUCUAGUAUUCUCCAUAAAAAAUCGCUCACAGAUAUUGACAAUUAUCACGAGAGCAAAGAGCAUUUUCCUCUGCUUCAAAAUUACAAGUGUGGUAGAAAAAUAAGAAAACCAGCUUCUGUAGAUGAGAAAUAUAAACUCUUCAAACAAAAUCACAUCCAAAUUGAACCAUGGGUAGAUAAAUACAAACCAAAAACUCAGAUUGACCUUGUCAUACACAAGAAAAAAAUUGAAGAAGUUGAAAGAUGGUUAAAAGAUCAUAUAUUUCAAAAUCAGCCAAGACAGGGAGGCUCCAUCCUAGUGUUAACUGGCCCUCCAGGAUGUGGAAAAUCUGCCACUGUGGAAAUAUUAGCCAAGGACCUUGGCAUUCAGAUACAAGAAUGGAUAAAUCCUGUAUCACUAAACUUCAAAAAAUAUGACGACUUUCAAGGUGCUUUCAAUCAUGAAUCAGAUUUUCAGAUACUUCCUUAUCAGAGCCAGGCAGCUAUCUUUCAAGAAUUUCUCCUAAGAGCAAACAAGUAUAUCAAGCUUCAGAUGGUUGGAGAGGCCAUGGACACUGACAAAAGACUUAUUCUUGUGGAAGAUAUGCCAAACCAUUUUUAUCAUGACCCUAGCAGUUUACAUGACAUUCUGAGGAGUUUUUUGCGGACAAGCAGAUGUCCUCUUGUAUUUAUAAUAUCAGAUGUUUUCAGCACAGGCAACAGCCAAAGAUCUCUAUUCCCAAAGGCAAUUCAGGAAGAGCUGUGUAUAGCAACCAUUAGUUUUAACCCAGUAGCACCAACACUGAUGAUGAAAGCCCUAAAUCGAAUAAUCACAGGGGAGAUCAAUAUGAGAAGAGAUAAAAUUGAUGUCCCUGACAAAGCCUUAUUAGAAGUGAUUUGCAGUGGAUGUUCAGGUGACAUUAGAAGUGCAAUAAACACCCUUCAAUUUUCUUCUCUAAAAGAGAAGCCAUCAGACAAGAGCUUAUGGUCACAAAGAAAGAAAAAUUAUGUUUUAAAAUGUGAUACAUCAUCUAAAAUAAAGAAGAAAAAACUAUUCAAUAAUUUUUUAGAAGACCAACAACUACCAGCUAUUGGUAGCAAGGAUGCUUCCAUCUUCCUUUUCCAUGCUUUGGGGAAAAUACUUUACUGCAAAAGAGAACCAGCUACAGAGGUGGACUUUCCUCAGUUACCUCAACAUUUAUCAGAAUAUGAACGACAGCCCUUGCUUGUUCAACCUGAGGAUGUCAUAGAAAAAUCACAUAUGCCUGGGGACUUAUUUAAUGUAUACCUUCACCAGAAUUAUUUGGAGUUCUUCUCUGAUAUUGAUGAUAUUGUAAGAGCCAGUGAAUAUUUAAGUACUGCAGAUUUUCUUUGCAGUAACUGGGAUGCACGAGCUACACUUCAAAAGUACAGUGCCUCUGUAGCCACAAGAGGUGUGAUGCACUCAAACCGAGCCAGAGCUCUUGCACAAUGCAAAGGAGGAAUGGGCUUUAGACCUUUUCAUAAACCGCAAUGGAUCCUAAUUAAUAGAAAGUAUCAAGAAAACUGCUAUGCUGCAAAAUCCCUCUUUUCGAGUUUCUGUUUAGCACCAUUGUGUCUUCAGACUGAGCUGAUACCUUAUCUUACCAUGCUGACUAAUCCAAUGAGAAAUCAAGCUCAGAUUACCUUUAUUCAGGAUGUUGGGAAACUUCCUUUGAGAAAUCACUUUGGAAGGUUGAAACUUGAAACUCUUACGGAUAAGGAUUCUGCAAUACAAAUCCUGGACAAUGAUGAUGAAGAGGAAUUUUCCGAGAAGCAGCCUACAAUUCUGCAUACCCAGGGAGAGAAAAUAAAAAACAGUGAGGAAAAUGAACUGGAUGAAUUCUUCCCUACUUCUAGUCAGUGUAAUGGAAAUGAACUACCAGCUAGUCAACCUCAGCCAGUUGCAGCACAAGCAAUAAUGGAAACAGAUGACCUAAAUAUAGAAGAAUAUGAUAGUGAAUAACAUAAAAAGCAAUUCCAAAGCUGUGUUAAUAUUUAAAUUAUAAUUUUACUUUUGUUUCAUAUUUUAUAUUCAAAUGUACAGGAAAGAUAGAAAUAACUUUGUUAUUUCUGCAAGCUGUUAAUAUUUGUCAUGAAUAACAAUUUGGAGGAAAAUGAGUACAGAGUAUUUAUAGUUUUGAGCUUGUACUGAAAAGCUUCAGUUAAAACUCAAGGUUUCGCUUCUCAUCCAUACAGAAGAAUGAAAAUAAAUGAGAAGAAAUAUAUUUACUUUGAUAUUUUAUACUUGUAUUUAUCUUGUAGAUACUGAAGGCAUUGUCAAAUAUUUUGUUAUUGUUUCACAAGUUUAGAUCUAACUUGCGAUGAUGAAACAUUGCACAAAACGUUUAACCUGGGCUGUGUAAUAUUUAAUAUGUAAAUAAGUCUCUGGAUGCCUUAUUAGUAAAUUGUAUCAUUAUAGUUUCUGAAACAAAAAUGCUUACAUAUGUUUCGGACAAUUCUAUCUUGAAAAGUAUUAAAACUGAUCUAGGGGAAUAACAUGAGAAUUUUUAAUAUUUUGUAAAGUUAACUCUUGAACUUUAUUUUCAAAUCUUUUUACUGAUUUUAAUAAUUUGAUUAAAUAUUAGAAUUGCAAUAGUAAAAAUAAUAUAAUGUAUUAGAUUAUAAGUCUAAUAAAGAAAGAAGGGAAUGGGAGGGAGGAAGAAUAGUAAAGAAAUAGAAAAUAAACAUACAGUAUAAAGAAGUGACUUCCAAUUUCAUCACAUGUAUAAAUAAUUUUAGUAAGUUUUCAUCUCUUAAUUUAUAAUCAAUGAUUUCUCUAUCCCAUGUCUCAUAUAUAUAUAGAUGACAUGAGAUGAAGCAAUCAUUGAUAAUAAAUUUAUAUCUAAAGACACUGAAGACACCUCUUUUAAAGAGUCAAGUAAAGCCAGCCUACCUUAUUUGACACUGAUAGAAAAAUGUCCUACUUUUUUUGUGACAUUUACUGCUUUGUACCAAUAAUUAGCAUCAAAACAGCUUUGCUUGGUUCAAAACAUGAUAAUAAUUUUUAGUCUUUUAAAGAGAUAUAAUGCAGAUAUUCAUAAAUAAUUAACGAUAAGUUGGAAAAUAAUCUCUGUGACAUUUUCUCGGUUUACUUAGAACUUUCUUGUUCUUUUUAAAAAUGUGUUUUAUAUUCUUUCUUUAAAAUGUCUAAUUAAAAUAAAAAGGAACCCUGUUUCCUACACCAGCUGGUUCUGCAAUGGCAACCAUUUAAAUAAACUUCAACAAAGUUGGAGACA